ACUUUGUUUACAUAUGACGUCAGUAUUGGCGGGAACUGUCAGGGGUUAAUAAUGGAUGCAACUGAGAUAGAGUUCUUGGCAGAGAAAUUUCCCAUUACUAUAGUGCCAAACUUUGCUCAGGAGAAGUUGUACCUCAUAUCAGGAGAUGUGGGGCCAUUUAAUCCAGGUAUACCCUUGGAGGUGCCAAUGUGGUUGGGCAUGAACCUUCGCCAGCGAGGAAAGUGUCGACUAGUUAUACCUCCUUGGAUGGAUGCAGAGAAGCUGGCUGAGAAGAAAGAAGAAGAAAGCCAAUCAAAGGUGUUCACAGAAAUGCCAUGUGAGCAUUAUCUGGUGGUUGCUCAGUUGCUGCUGUCAGCUGCCCCUGAGGAUAUUCCAAAUUCUCAACAGGUCAAAACACUUGUCAAGGACAUGUGGGACCUCAGAAUCUCCAAGCUACGAUCAUCUGUGGCAGAGUUCAUCAAGAUUGAAGGAACACAUGCUAAGCUAGACCGACUCACAUUGCUAGAAAUCAACAGCAUAAGACCGUUUCUCCCUCACGCCUUUGACCAUCUUCACCGUCUCUCUAAGGCCGCUUACACCAGUAAACUCAGUCAAACACAGGAAUUGUAGUGCAUAGAUUUUCUUAAAUAUAUAGUGUACAGUAUUACCUUCUUUUUUAUGCUAAAUAUUGUAACUCCUUCUAUAUUUGCAUAGUAUUUAUUCACCUCUAACCUAAACCCUGUUAGUUUUACCCUUGAACCAGGAUUUAAGGCCAUUUUAUAAAAGUUACUCUUGAUCAUCAGGCAUUUAACAGUGGGAUGGGACACUUGCACAAUAGUCUAUCAGCAUUAGACACUUUGUUGUCAUUAUAUUGUUAAUCAUUGUCAUUAGACACUUUGUUGUCAUUAUAUUGUUAAUCAUUGUAAGUUUGUACUCUGCUAUGUACAGUAGCCUUAGGUUAUUUCACGAGAUAGGAACUGAGAAUGGUUAUGUAAAAAAUUCUUAUAUAUACCCGGUAAAUACAUGUACAAAUUAUACAGGUAAUCCAGUACAAAUUAAUGGGUUAUAGAGUAGAAACCAAAAUAAUUUACUAAACAAUGCUUAAAAGUAUUAGAGUACAGUACUGUACUACCAUUUUCUCAUAUAUUGCAAGAAUUUCUUUAUUUCCCAUGAAAAACUAGGAUUUCCAAUCGAGCACUGUGCUGUUACAACUUCCGCACACUUCCUCAGUCGUAAUUACCCUCAAUUUUAACACCUGUACCACUUACCAAGAUGUCUAAAUGCUCAGUGAGAAUAAGUAGAGAAAGAUGCUUAAUUUAGAAGAUAAAUUAAAAACUGAGUUUCAGUGAAGUGCAUCAGUUGUGACACACUGAAAUGGUAAAUGAAACUAUGAUUCACAGCAUGAAACUGAAGACUCGCAAAGUUUGUGCAUAAUAUGCACAGCCAUCCAUACCCAAGACCAUCCAACAUUUAAGAUCACCACUGUAACAACAAAUGGAGGAUCCUUCAAAGGCUUGGAUAGUAGGCAUGUAAGGCUGCAAUGAGCGGUCUAAUGAAAAUUCAAACUUGGUAGCUCAAGAGAGACGGCAAGUUAGUUACCUACUGACAGCAACUUCACUGCAAGUCCUGGUACUGGAAAGACUACAUCACUUGUUGCAAUUUUCUUCAAUUUUGUACAACUCUUAAUUUUCCAUGGUGGUUUAGUCCAGUAUGUAAAUACUGUAAUGUUAGGUAGCUGCUCCUUAAAAAAAAAAAAAAAAAAAUGCCAAAUAACCCAAGGUGACGGAAUAAGAAUGAAAAAUACAAAAAUAUUUAUAUACAGUAUUUUUCAUACAACAGAAUGGGGAUAAAAUAUAUGGGCUCCCCCCAUGAAUUUUAUUGCAGAGUGAGAUAUUUACUUCACAAAAGGUUUAAUUAACACAGGAUGUGUCAGUAUGCACAAAAAUUACUCUUUUUCAUAUACAGUACAGUUGAGGGGGGUGCCUAAACUUCCCAUUAUGUAAGCUAUUAGGAGUCCUUCAUAUAGGUUAAUAAUAAUGAAAUAAUAUUAAUAAAAUAAGAAUCCA